AUGGCAAAGGAGAAGACGCGUGUUCCAUUGUUACCGGAGGAUAACUCUUCCCACCGGCGAACAAAGCUCGGAGUGCUUUUCCACAGCUCUGAACCUAACAUUAUACACACCGCCGGUGAUGAACAACAAGAGGCCAGUACCAGUAGCAGUUCACACCACCACCAUAGCAACGUUUCGUUUCCAGUUAGUCCAUCGGCUUUGUCUCCGAAUACUUCUCCUGCUAAUUAUUUCAUGUCGCCGUUCCACCAGACCUCGCCGUUUUCAAAAUCGCCAUGGAACCUUCCGUUUAUGAAUGCUCCUGGCGACACUCAGUUAACGGGGUUGGUUGGGUCUUUGGUACGUGAAGAGGGGCAUGUUUAUUCGUUAGCUUCGUCUGGAGAUUUGUUGUAUACGGGUUCGGAUUCGAAAAAUAUCCGGGUUUGGAGGAACUUAACGGAAUUUUCUGGAUUCAAAUCCAGCAGUGGAUUGGUGAAAUCCAUUGUUGUCUCCCGCGAUAGGAUUUUUACAGGUCAUCAAGAUGGUAAAAUUCGAGUAUGGAAGUAUUCAGAUUCGAAGAGGAAGGCGCACAAACGGGUCGGGAGUUUACCAACUACAAUGGAUUUCAUCAAAAGCUCCUUGAAUCCCGGUAACUAUGUCGAAGUCCGGCGUCACCGGAAUGUUCCAUGGAUCAAGCAUUUCGAUGCUGUUGCUUGCCUGAGUUUGGAUGAGGAACACGGGUUACUAUAUUCAGGUUCUUGGGAUAAAACGUUUAAAGUAUGGAGACUUUCAGAUUCAAAAUGUUUGGAAUCGGUAAAAGCCCAUAACGACGCCAUUAACUCGGUGGUUGCCGGUUUCGACGGCCUGGUUUUCACCGGAUCAGCAGAUGGGUCCGUGAAGGUAUGGAGGAGGGAGUUGGUAGGUAAGGAUACAAAGCAUAUGUUGGUUUACACGUUACUAGACCAAGAAACCGCCGUGACAUCGGUGGCGGUGAACAUGGUGGAAGCCGUGGUGUACGCCGGAACUUCAGAUGGGUUGGUGAAUUUCUGGGAACGUAGAAAGCACGCGUUGGUACACGGCGGAGUUAUCAGAGGACACAGGCAAGCAGUUCUUUGUCUCGCCGGCGCAGGAAGCUUGCUGUUUAGUGGGUCGGCGGACAAGAGCAUCUGCGUCUGGCGGAGGGAGGUCGGUGGUUUCCACUCCUGCCUCUCCGUCCUAACCGGCCACAGUGGUCCCGUCAAAUGUUUAGCGGUUCAGGAGCACCCAGAAAACGAUGAUGGAGGUGUCCGAGAAUGGAUGGUGUAUAGCGGUAGUUUAGAUAAGUCAGUGAAGCUAUGGCGGGUGGCGGAGAAGCCAUGGAAGUAG